AUGCGUCUCGCCAGCGGUCACGUCGCCGUCCAGCUCCAGGACGACGAGCUGAAGAAGAUCCAGAAGGACUUCGAAGGUUUUAGCAAAGGCUUGGUUCGCCUGACGCCCGGGGGGUGGCUGUUGCCGGCGCCGUACACCAAGUUCGCAGACAAGAUCUAUAAGACGAAGCCAUAUCUGCCAUGUUCCGACAUGCUCAUGGAAAUGGGCAGAGGAGAGCAGCAGCAGGCCAGCCCAAUGCUACAAAUGCUCCAGAAAGUCCUGCCAGACGCCGAUCCCAACGAGGGUAUCGCGCUGCAGCUGACCGCCAACAUCCCUGACCCGCGAACCAUCAAGACGCACCUACCGUUCUCUCUCAUGACCCCUGACCUCCUCGACACUGCCAAGGUGAUCUAUGUGGCAAGGAACCCCAAGGACGUGGUCUUGUCCUUCCUUCACCACAGCCGGCUGAUAAAGUCCAUUGGCUACAUCGGCUCCUUGGAACAAUAUGUAGACUACUUUGUUAAAGACGAGUUGAUCUACGGGCCGUACUGGGAGCACCUUCGCGAGGCCUGGCCCAGGAGGGAUCACCCCAACAUGCACUUCGUCUUUUACGAAGACAUGAAGGCGGACCCCAUGGCGGAGCUGAGGAAGCUGAACCAAUUCCUCGGAACUGACCUGACGGAGGAACAGCUGGAGAAGGUACAGAGAACAGACAUAGUUCUCUGUUUUAUUAUUUGCGAGGCAGGCGAGGCAGGUGGUUGGAAGGGCCACCUCAACGACAUGCAAGAAGCCAAAAUAGACAUUUGGACAAAGAAGAACACGCUAAAACUAGGAAUCAAGUUCAAGUAUUCAGCCUAA